UGCGGGGUAGGGAUUUUGUACUGAUAUGGACGUGUGUAAGAGAGAGUGAGCGUGGCUACGCAGUAGCAGGAUAUAAAAGAUCAUCCUUUCCCCCUCUGGGUAUCUCUCCUCCCCGGCUGUGUGUGUGCGUGGCGGUGUGUUUGAGAGUCAGCGCCGGCCUUUACAAUGCAGACCCGCGUCCUGUUGUUGCUGGUGCUGGGGUGCCUGUGCGUCCACGCUGCGCCCGUGGAGCAGGGUAAGUUCCAGCCGGAGUCCUGCGACGCUCCACCCGCGGUGAGCGCCGCUCAUUUGGCCAUCACCAAGAUCAACCAGGACCGGCAGGAGGGCUACAUCUUCAGCCUGCACCGCCUCUCUAACGUCCACAUAGCCACACAUGGACCAACUGGUGUGGUAUUUUAUCUGAAAAUGAAUGUUGUGGAGACUAACUGCAGCGUUAUCAGCAGGAAGAACUGGAAGAACUGUGAGGCUCGACCCACUUCAGAUAUGCCGGUAUACGGAAUAUGUAAAGCUGCCAUCUACAUCAACAAGGUGCACAGAGUGGUGCGUCUCUACAAAUAUAACUGCAUGAUCCGACCAGUUCCUGCGGUUAAGGUAUCAGAAAUGUGUCCGGACUGUCCAAGUCUAAUGGAUACAGACAGUGAUCAGGUUCAGAAGACUGUGACUCGCUCACUGGAAAAGUUCAACAAGGAGAGUGGGUUGACCAAUCGUUUUGCUCUUCUCAAAAUCUCCCGUGCCACUGCUGGGAUGGCCAUGGGGAUGUAUUACAACGUGGAGUACACCAUCCAGGAGACCUCCUGCACCAAUAGUGCCGGGGCAGCUGAUAAAUGCCCCCUCAUGACGUGCGAAUUUGCUCACAAGGGCUUCUGUAAGGCAUCCCUAUUCAACCUUCCAACCGAUGAAGAAAGCGUCAGUGUUGAGUGUGAAAUUUAUGAGCCUGAGGCUGCUGAGAGGGAGAAGAAACACCACCUGCUGGGCGGGGAGACCGACCACAGCCAUAACGACACGCACACACAGAGCCACGACCACGACAGCGCCCACGCCGCCGACAAGUCCCACACGCACGACCACGUGCACGACCACACCAAGGGCCACGCUCACCACGACGACCACCACAACCACGCCGACGACAGCGACCACCACCACACCCACGACCACGCGGCGGGGAGCGCGCACAGGCACGCUCACGACCACUCCCACGACCACGGCCACGGCCACGACCACGUGCACGCCCACCACGCCAAGGCGCACGACCACAGCGGCGACUCCCCCAACCACCACCACGAUUACAAGCACCCCGACGGCGUGCACACUCACCAGCACGAUCACGAGCUCGCCCUGGACCACGACCACAAACACGCCCACCUCCACGAGCACGAGCACCACCACCACCACCACGAGCACGAGCACGAGGUUGGAACCCACGACCACCCGGAGGGCGUCGUGAGGAUGAUCCCCGCCAUGGGAGGUCCCAUGACCCUGCCCUCCUUCCCAGAUGAGCCCGCUGCCGGACCUGUUGGAGUCCCUCUGCCCCUCAGGCCUGACCCUCAGAUUCCAGGAGAGACCGAACCCACCAUCCUUCCCUUCCCAGCAACGCUCUCACCCCAGUGUCCCGCCCCAACUGAAGCAAAAGACCUGGUGGAGAAACUCUUUAUGGAAGACCCCAUGUUCAAGCCCUCUGCUUAAAUUAAUCUGGAACUGGAAACUGUUACUGGGACAUAAACCCGGACCGAAGAGGACAGAAUGCAAAAAAAUAAUUGAAUCUCGUUCAUUAACCACUCUGAUUGUAAUACAGCUUUCACUGCUACUCCAGGUCAUUCGUAAACACAUAAACUGUAACAUUUCUUGUCUUGCAAUAAUUGAAUGAAGACAGAGUACAAAAGAAUGUAUAUUUUCUAACCAUUCAAUCUGUUUGUGCCAUCAUGUUAAUAGAUAAUAAAACAUUGUGACACAUUUCACAGCUGUAUUAAUUACUUACAAACCACCUCUAUGGUUAUUUAAAUUAACACAAUGUCCCCUUUAGGAAGGAGGCAACGACUUUUUUAAUGUUUCAUCCUUAAACUGAGCAUUCAGCAUCCCUGUAACACUGUAGAGUCGAUUUCUGCCACGGAUUGCUGCUAUUGCUGCUAUUUCCAAUUAAAGGAAACAUAUGUCAGCCUGGAAAGAUAAGUGAAGAAAAAAGCUAAGCAGAUUUUAUUUUUAAUGAACCCUGAAAGACUUUUUUUUAGGGUUUAACAACAAAUUAAUUAUGUCUCCAUCCAUGAGUUCUGAAAGGCAAACAAGCAAGUAACAAAUUCAAAUCAACCUGUUAUUCUUAUAAGAAGAAAACUGAAAAGUAAACAGCAUGAACCAAUUAGAGAAAAAUUCUGCCCAUGUUUUUCUAAUUAUUCAAUUUUAUUCUAAUUCCACUUUAUCUGCCCAGAAAGGAAAUGAGAAAACACAAUGAAAAGAAGCUUUCUGAUAGCUGAUCUACAAAUAUAGAUAUUAUGAGAGCAGCGUCUCCCUUUCUAUCAAUUUGUGAAAUACACGGGGUUACACGAUGUACUUUAGCUACUCAACCGCUAUUUUUUUUUUAAAAGGCAGAAACCUAAACCUAAACUUUAUGAACUGAGUCAUGCUGCUGAGCCUGAUCACUUCUUUUUUAUUUGUCUUCCAUCUGUGAAAACUACUAAAUCAGGAGGGCCUUAAUGAUGAACCAUAAAUGUUUUGGUGUGAAAGCA